AUGAUUUUAGUUAUUUUUAUGUCUAGUGGAAUUUUCAAUGCUUUAACGAAUCUUUUUUUCGGUUCCUAUUGUUUACAAACUUAAAAAGCAAUAAAAGUAAUAAAUAAGCAAAAAAAUUUUUGUAAUAAUUAAAAUUGGAUAAUAAAAUUAUCAUUAGCAAAUAAAAGAAAUUAAACAGAUUUAAUGGAUUAUUAAAGCAUUGUCAAUAUAAUAUGUAUAUUCCUAGUUAUCCUCCUUCUCUAGUACUUUCGUUAUGUUUAAAGAAAAGUAAACGUAGAAUGUGAUAUUGCAGAUAUCAGUGUAAAUGAUUACACAGUAAUGAUAAGCAAUAUACCAAAGUAAAAAAAAAUUAAAAAAAAAACAAAAAAAACAAAAAAGGGAAUAUGA